AUGUCUCGCCUUGAAGCUAAAAAGCCUCCGUUAUUUAUUAGCGAGCCACUAACUAGAGAUGCAGUGAGUCAGUCGCUGUCUCUGCUGAGUGGGAUAUUAAAAUCUUCCUACGGUCCUGCUGGUCGACUCAAGCAGCUGCACAAUGGUGUGGGGGGCUGUGUUUGUACCACUUCCCAGUCCUCAGCCCUCCUGGGGCGCCUUUCCCUCAGCCAGCCCGUGCUGCGUGUCCUGACAGCCUCUGUACGGAACCACGUGUCACGUUUCAGUGACUGUGGCUUGUUCACUGCCAUCCUGUGCUGUGGCUUCAUUGAAAAUUUCAGGAGCCUGAAUGUUGCACCUUUUACUGUCAUUAAAAUAAGCAAGCAUCUUCUGAGUCUGUGCAUGGACCACCUGAAAUCUGAGGCCUGUGGUUGCCGGGUGUCUGUGGAUUUUAGCAGUGUUGAGACCCUUGUUUGUUUGGUUCGGAGCAUUUUAACAAGCAAACCUGCUUGCAUGCUUAAUAAAACUGAAGUUGAUCAUCUCACCUCACUGGUUUUAAGGGCUUUUCUAUUUACUGUUCCAUGUCACGUUGGGACUAAUGCUGUUUUAGGGAAGUGUGUGGUAAUACCUGUGAAGGGUGGAAGAGUUGUGGAUUCUACAGUUCUUCCUGGACUGCUGAUAGAAGCACCAGAAGUCCAGCUGGGAAAACCACUUGCUGUCAAAAGGACUGGUUCAAACAUGAUCAAGAUUGCCCUUUUCAGUGUGUCCAUGUCAGGGGACGGCUCCAGCCCUGAGGAAGGAACUAUAGCGGUCCAUCACGGAGUUUCUCUGCAGGUGUCGGAGCUGAAUCAGUUGCUGAACGUGGGGAGGCAGCUGGUUAAGGAUGAGGUGGGCCUGGUGGUGUGCCAGAAGGUGAUGCAUCCCUCCUUGAAGCAGUACCUGGAGGAGCAGGGUGUGGUGGCUGUGGACAGGGCCGGGCUGUCCCUGAUGGAGCCGCUGGGCCGUGUGACAGGUUCACAGCCUAUAGCUUCCAUACAUUCGUUGCCUCCUGGCUGUUAUGGCAGCUUGAAAGAUUUGUGCGUUGAGAGUUUUGCUUCAAAGCAUUUUCUACAUCUAAUUCCUGGGGACACAGUUAUCUGCAGCCUGAUACUCUGUAACAGAAGUGAAACAGCAUGGGAUGAGUUGAAGCGUGUCUGUGAAACUGCAGAACACGUGUUGCAGUUAACAGUGAAGGAACCUUUGGCAUUAUUAGGAGGGGGCUGUACAGAAACUCACCUGGCUUCAUACCUAAGACACAAGAGCUGCAGCCUGCCUGCCAGCACCCUCAGAGACCUGGGCUGUUCUCAGACACAGUACCGCCUGGUCGCUGAGGGGUUUUGCCGCGCCCUCGAGUCUGUAGCUCGCGCUCUGAGUCACGACGGAGAGGAAGUCCUGACAGAUGCGGUGUAUGGGCACUGCUGGUUUGUUCCCCCUGCUUCUCCCUGUGUCUCCAGGUGGUCAGAUUUAGUUUCCAAAUGCAGCUGUGGGGUGAGUGGUAGCACAGAGGAGCUUGGCUGGAGCUUUGUGCAGGGCCAGUCUGGCUCUCCUGUUUUACAGGGCUGCCCUCAAGAGCCCCCAGUGAAGGCUGCUGACCUCCGCGUUCUGGAUUGCUUUGCUGCCAAGUGCAGCGGCCUGCAAGUAGCUCUGGAGACAGCCAACCUGAUUUUGGAUCUCUCGUACAUAAUUGAAGAUCAAAAUUAGCUCUGAUCUAACAUGAUUUGUGUUGUUUAGCAAGACAACACUGAAUUGAAGGCAGGCUAAUGUAUAACGUGUUAAAAUAUUUGAAUGGGUUAGAGGGUGGACAGCAGACAGAAAUUUUAAAUUCAACAGCUGGCCAUUGAAUACUCCUCUCAUUGUUAAUCUGCUGUGCUCUCAAGCAUUUUCAAAUGUUCAACCUGUUCCCUCUGCAUUAAGGAAAGUUUUGGAUGUUGGUUAGCUGUGUGGCAUCUUCAAAGGAAUGGGAAAAAUGGAUUCACUUGCUGAGAAAAUGUUAUGUAUUAGGACUUAUACAGUCUCAGCAAAAGCUUUACACAUCUAAAGAGACUUUUAUAUUACAGCAGAAUUGAAUCACUGGUAUUUUUAAUUUUGUAGGUAAAAAAGGCUUAGCAGAUACCUUGAGCCACUUGUUUUUAAUUUUGCCCUGAAGUUUUUGUCACCGUAUACUAUAUGCAUAUGCAGUUUCUAUUUCUAAAUGGUGAAAGAUUUAAAUUCAUAUAUGUAAUUUAUUUAGCAAGUUAGAAAAACUCAACCUGUAGCUCUUAAGGUAGCAGGUAGAUAAUAGAAGAUUUGAAAAUAAAUGGCAGACUGGGUGGAAAAAACUUUUGUCAAGUGGACCUUGAUUAUCUUCUGUGGAAUACAGGGCAGUCUAUAAUGAAUUUUCUAUCAUUCAAGCAAAGCUGCAAGAAUGUCCCACUUACCAUUCAAUUAACUCUUUGACUGUGCAUGGCUUCUUUUAAUGAAGUAAGGCUUUAAGCUGCUCAGACUUGUUUUGAUCUUUAAAUAAGACUGUAGACAGAAUGAUCAAAACUUUUUCUUAUUCUCAGCUUGCAUGCAAGAUCAAAAAGGGUGCUACAUUUUCUUACUUAAGCUCAUUUUCUUUGCCACUUUUCUUCUUCCUCUUUGUUUUCAGUGACAGGGGACAAAUCAUGCAUGGUGCAUUUCCAGAAAACGUCCGACUCAGUUAUCGUCUAGUCUGCUUAUUUUUUCCUGCUCUCUUAAGAUUUUAAUAUAUUUGUUUACUGCAUAUAAGCAGUAGAAUUGUUAUAUAUAACUCAGUUUUGAAAUAUAUAAUUAAAACCUGAUCUUUCCUGGCCUUCUGUACAAAGUUCUUUUAAUUUUGAGAACAUAAGUAAUCAUUUUCUCCCUGGGAAAAAAAAUGAAGAGUUAUUUAAAGUUCUUUAUCCUUUUAUGACCUGAAAUGAUUGCUUCAGUGCUGUAAGGCAUACUUUGGGGACUUGUGCAAGAAUGUUACAAGGUUUGAGAAUGGAGGCUGCUGAAAGCUGGUUUGAAAGCUAAUAAGGCUGCUUUCAUAUCUUGAUCCUCCCAUAUGCCAUGAACUAUCUGAAAACAUCAGGAAUAAUGAAGCCACAUGAUGGUGCACAUCUAAAGGCACAGAAGAAUCUUGGUAAUACUUCAUCUAAUUAUGACUCUCCAGCUCAGAGUGCUGAAUUAUACUAUUUGACUUCCUAUAAUAGCAGCUUGUUAUGCAGUGUGGAAAAUGUUCAGUUUAGUGACUACAGCUGUGAAGUGAAAAUUAAAACAAUAUUCAAGCAGAA